CAAGUGAGGGGUUUCUGCUGCUUCACCAAAAAGAAAGGAGCCCAAUCAGAAAUAGCAAAAAAAUUAGGACGACAGAGAUAAUAAAUAGGCGGCUACUACAAAUACAGGAAGUCAUAGGGACCUUAAACCCCAAAGAGAAAAAAGUCAAGAAACACAAACAAAAGAACCCCAGUUCUGUACUUAGUACUAGUACAGUCAGAACACGAACAAAAGAAGCUAGGCUAAAGGGGGAAAGCAACAGCAUGCAGGUUUUCCGAAGAACCCCACUUCACAGAAUCUACUCGAGAUUCCUUAAUCAAGUAGUCAAGACCAAUGCAUAUUCUACAAAGAAAAUUUAUGAUGCUGGACAGCCAACUCCAGCCACUCACCCUCAGUUAAUGAAAGAAGGGGAAAUUACUCCUGGCAUUUCCACUGAAGAAUAUAUGCAGAGGAGGAAGAAAUUAUUGGAGUUCCUUCCGGAGAAUAGUUUAGCUAUUGUUGCAGCUGCUCCCACAAAAAUGAUGACUGAUGUUGUACCUUACAAUUUUAGGCAGGAUGCUGACUAUUUAUACAUCACCGGAUGCCAACAACCUGGUGGUGUUGCGGUUCUAGGGCAUGAGUGUGGUUUAUGCAUGUUCAUGCCAGAACCAAGCCUCCAGGACGUUCUUUGGCAAGGAGAAGUGGCUGGAGUUGAUGCAGCUCUACAGAUAUUCAAGGCUGACCUUGCUUACCCUAUUAGCAGAUUGCCCGAGAUGCUCUCCAGGAUGAUAGAAAAUUCUGCCAAUGUGUUCCAUAAUGUGAAGGCAAGUACUUCAUCUUACAUGGAACUAGAGGCCUAUAGAAAAGCAGUCAACAAUUGCAAACUGAAAGAUUUCUCUGUUUACACUCAUGAAGCUCGACUGGUGAAGUCUCCAGCAGAGCUUAAAUUGAUGAGAGAUUCUGCAUCAAUAGCUUGUCAGGCGCUUAUCCAGACCAUGUUGUACUCGAAGUUGUUUCCUGAUGAAGGAAUGCUGUCAGCCAAAUUCGAAUAUGAAUGCAGAGUUAGAGGUGCCCAAAGAAUGGCGUUUAACCCUGUCGUUGGUGGAGGACCAAAUGGCAGUGUCAUUCAUUAUUCUCGUAAUGACCAGAAAAUUGAAGAUGGUAACCUUGUCUUGAUGGAUGUUGGAUGCGAGCUCCACGGUUAUGUCAGUGAUCUUACUCGUACUUGGCCACCCUUUGGCAAAUUUUCUCCUGUUCAUGAGGAACUUUAUGAUCUUAUUUUGGAGACAAACAAGGAAUGUUUGGAGCUGUGCAGACCUGGCGCAAGCAUCCGCGAAAUACACCACUACUCGGUAGAAAAGCUGCGAAGAGGAUUCAAGGAGAUUGGGAUACUAAAAAAUGAUCGGCGUGGAGGAUAUGAAAUGUUAAAUCCUACGAAUAUAGGUCACUAUCUAGGAAUGGACGUUCAUGAUUCUUCUGCAAUUGGAUAUGAUCGACCUCUGAAACCUGGUGUAGUCAUCACAAUUGAACCAGGAGUAUACAUCCCUUCGUGCUUUGAUUGUCCAGAAAGGUACGGAGGUAUUGGAAUUAGGAUUGAAGAUGAAGUCCUUAUUACAGAAUCAGGUUAUGAGGUACUUACUGCUUCCAUACCAAAGGAAAUCAAACACCUCGAGUCCUUGUUGAACAACUUUGGCAGUGGAAGCGGAAUAGACGCUAGAGCUGCUCUAAGUUAGUUUGCUUUUAAAUCUCCAAGCUUCAACACAGCAACGACGAGUCCAAGUGGUGCGUGCUUUGUUUUCUUCAGAAGUUUGUAUGUGCUCCUGAUUCUUUUCAGGGCCAUUUCUACUCUGUAACAUGAAUGUGGAUCGUUGAAAUUGGAUGUUUUAAGUGUGGAAUAAUUAAUUUAUGUUAUUUGUUGUGAUUUUCUAAUAAGAAUAAUUCGAAGGCUCA